AUGACUAAAAGCACCGUUUUUGCUAUCUUUAUGAUCGUCCUCGUUAUAGGGAUGAUGAUGAAUGUGACGCAAGGACAAGAGAUGUGUCGUGAUCUUCUAAUGAGGUCUCAGAACUGCAACGCUGGCGAAUGUGCCGCUCUAUGUAAGAAAAAAUGGAAUGGAAAUGGCUUGUGCUUCCCAAACGUCUACCUAAAGAGCUGCCUCUGCACGUUUCCUUGCAAAGCUUGA